AUGAUGGGGGCUGGUGUGCCUGAGAUGAUGGGGGCUGGUGUGCCUGAGAUGAUGGGGGCUGGUGUGCCUGAGAUGAUGGGGGCUGGUGUGCCUGAGAUGAUGGGAGCUGGUGUGCCUGAGAUGAUGGGGGCUGGUGUGCCUGAGAUGAUGGGGGCUGGUGUGCCUGAGAUGAUGGGGGCUGCAUCCUCACUCCUUCUCUUGUCCUUUCUCACAAUCUCACCCUCACCCACUCACCGUCUCUCCUCCUCACCUUCUCACCUGCAAUUCUCUCGCGCCUGCCAUAACCGCCAGCAGAGCCCUGGCGCGCACGGAGUGCAGCGACGUGAUUACCAACAGCCGCCGCGCCUCAUACCUGCCUGCUCUCGCCCCUUCCCCUACUCUCACCCUUCCUUUCAACUCUCUCUCUCACCUGUGGCCUUCAGCCCCGUUGCCUCAGCCAGAAGCGCUAUGGCGCGCACGGAGUGCAGCGACGUGAUUCCCAGCAGCCGCCUUGCAUCGUACUUGCCUGCCCCCGCCAUGGCCUCUGCUGCUAUCGGCACCGUGGCGUUGAGGGGGUUCGUGAUCACCCCUAUCACCGCCUGGAGUGGUGGAGACAGCGAGGAGGGCAGGAAAAAGGGGGAAAGGGGACUCAAUCAGUGGAAAGGAAGGGGAGAAAGAAGGGUUAGGGAGGUGGCGUUGAGGGGGUUCCUCUGGGCUGUGUUUUGCAAUCGACUCGCACUCUCGCACGCCCUUACCUCCGGGCUAUGUUUAGCGAUGGACUCGCACAGCCCCCUGACGAUCCCCGCGUUCAUGCAGAAGCGGUCCUCGUCCCCCAUGGACGACCGGUACGGCACUCCCGCCAGCACCAGCACCACGUGCGACCCCCGCAGCGCGUCCGGCAGCUCGUACGGCCCGAGGUAG